CAUGGCUAAUACUUGUUUCCAACUUCUUUUCCUUAUCCUUCCUUUGUUUUUCAUGUUUGUUUCCUUUGAAGCCAGUAGAUUCAGUUCCAACUCUAGCAAUUCCAACCCCAGUUGCAUAGAGAUUGAAAGGAAAGCACUUCUUGAAUUCAAAAAAGGUCUCACAGAUCCUUCUGGUCUCCUUUCUUCUUGGGUUGGCAAUGAUUGUUGUACUUGGAUGGGCGUAGGUUGCAGCAACCAGACUGGCAAUGUUGUAUCACUGGACCUUCGAAACCGCUUUGAGUGUAUUUACAACUCAUCCUGUUUGGGCGGUGAGGUAAGUUCCUCCUUGCUCGACUUGAAAUAUUUGAAUUACUUGGAUCUAAGCCUGAAUUAUUUCCAAGGGAUUGCAAUCCCAAAUUUCAUUGGUUCGCUUGAAAAGUUGAGCUACUUCAAUCUCUCUUAUGCAUCUUUUGGUGGAAUGAUUCCUCCUCAUCUUGGAAAUCUAUCAAAUCUGCGUUAUCUUGAUCUCUCUACAAAUUCUUAUGUAACAAGAAGUUGGGUUUCAGAUUUAAACUGGCUUGUUGGUCUGUCUUCUCUAAAAUAUCUUAAUCUUGGAAAUGUGAACCUCACUUUGGCAAGUACUAAUUGGCUGCAAGCUCUUAAUAUGCUUCCUUCUCUGUCGGAAUUGAGAUUGCGAGGUUGUGAACUUCACUACUUGCCUUACUCUGUACCAAACAUCAAUUUCACUUCCCUUUCUGUCCUUGAUCUCUCUGAAAAUAAUUUCAACUCUUCAAUACCUCAAUGUUUGUUUAACAUAAGUUCCCUUGUGGAUCUGUAUCUUUUUAGUAGUUAUAUGAAGACCUCUGUUUCUGAUAUCCAAUGGGGAAACCUCUGCAACUUGAGAACUCUAGAUUUAAACCUAAAUCAAAUUAGUGGCGACAUAAGUGAACUUAUAAGGGGUUUCGUUGGAUGCAGCAACAGUAGCUUAGAAGAGUUAUUGUUAGACAAUAACCAAGUGAGAGGGUCGUUGCUAGAUUAUUCACUAACACACCUUCAGAACUUAAGAUACCUUCGACUUUAUGGUAACUUAAUCUCAGGCCCAAUUCCAGCAUCUAUUGGAAGGUUGUCAAAAUUGGAGAUAUUAGACCUCUCUUCUAAGCAAAUGAAUGGGUCCAUUCCAGAUGGUGUUGGAAAACUUGCAAACUUAAAAGAGUUGCCACUUAAAAACAAUUAUUGGGAAGGUGUUAUAUCCCAAAAUCAAUUGCAAGGCCUCACAAAACUGCAACGUUUCUCAAUAUCAUCGUUGAACAAAAGUCCAAUCUUCAAUAUAAGCCACGCAUGGGUUCCUCCUUUCAGCCUAAUAGAAAUCACAGUCUGGAACUGUCGAUUAGGUCCCAGAUUUCCAGCAUGGCUAAGUAAUCAAAAACAACUUCAUGAAAUAACGUUGACAGACGUUGCCAUUUCGGACACAAUACCUUAUUGGCUUUGUGAGUUAUCUCCACAUAUUUUUUGGUUAGAUCUUUCUGGUAAUUGGAUACAUGGAAAGCUUCCCAAUUCAUUAGUAUUUCCCUCAGCAAUUCUAGUGGAUUUAAGUUUCAACUGCUUAGAGGGUUCACUCCCAUUUUGGCCCAAUGUGUCAUUUCUCGUGCUGGCAAACAAUUUAUUUUCAGGAUCAAUUCCCAUGAACAUCAACCAAAUGAUGCCAUCAUUGGAGAUUCUUGAUUUAUCUGGGAACAUCCUAAAUGGUAGCAUCCCCCUAUCCAUAGGUAAGAUGAAACAUUUGCAAACUCUUUAUCUAUCAAACAAUCAUUUAUCUGGAAGAAUCCAUGAUCAAUGGGGGGAUUUACAAAGAAUUGAAGUCAUAGAUUUAUCCAAAAACAAUUUACAUGGUGAGAUUCCAGAUUCAAUUUGCUCACUACCUUUUCUCUAUUGGUUGAAAUUGAGCAGCAACAAUCUUUCAGGGGAACUAUCUUUUGCAUUACAGAACUGCAAAGGCAUGAGGAUGCUUGAUCUUGGAGAGAAUCGAUUCUACGGAAACAUACCCAAAUACAUUGGACAAAGCUUCUUAUCACUAUCGGAACUGCGUAUACGAGAUAACAUGUUUAGUGGAAAUAUUCCUGAACAAUUAUGCUCUCUUGCUCACCUCCACAUCCUGGACCUUGCUCUUAAUAAUUUAUCAGGAUCCAUCCCAUCAUGCUUGGGAAAAUUGGAUGCUCUGAAUUCUUUGAUAUCAUAUAGUCAACAUAUACCUUCUGUGGCUGAUGCCUAUCUUCAACGAAAGAAAAUGGAAGUGGUUAUGAAAGGAAGACAAUUGAUAUAUACCUUUACUCUUGAGUUGGUAAAUAUCAUUGACUUGUCGGGCAACAAUCUUCAGGGAGACAUCCCAGAACUAAUAACAAAUCUCUCAACCUUGGGUACCUUAAAUUUAUCCCACAACCUAUUGACAGGGAAAAUACCAGAGAAGAUUGGAAGCUUACAACUAUUAGAAACACUUGACCUCUCAUGCAACCACCUUUCAGGUCCAAUUCCUCCAACCAUGUCCUCUAUGACUUUACUGAACAAUUUGAACUUGUCAUUUAACAAUUUGUCUGGACCAAUUCCCUCCGGCAACCAGUUCCAAACCUUCAUUGAUCCUUCCAUUUACAAGGGUAACCCAGAACUUUGUGGGCCUCCAUUGUCGACCAAGUGCCUCAUGCCCAAUGACAGAGAUGUUGAUGGAAACCAACAUGCUAAGGCUCUCAAAGAUGAGGAUAAGAAUGAAAACCUGGGCUUCUACCUUGGCAUGGCAUUGGGGUUUGUGGUGGGGUUUUGGGCUGUUUGUGGUAGUUUGGUGUUAAAGAAGUCUUGGAGAUACGCCUACUUUCGGUGUGUUGAUGAAAUGAAAGAUUGGGUUUUCGUUGCCAUGAUGGCGAACUUGAACCGCUUAAGAAGAAUGAUGGGAGCACAACAUAACUGAAGGCCCAUGUGGGUAAUUACGUAAAGAUAUGUUGAUUCAAAAAGGAAACUUCGAACAAGAAGGACAUCAAAUGAAUAGGUUGGCUUGCCUUCCCACCACGGUCAACAUGGCUUAGACUUUUCUUCGUGUUUCUCAGGUUUCAAAACUUUGGCUAUAUUUGUUUUCCAUUAAUGAUGUUUGUAAUAAAGAUAGUUUUAUAAGAA